UAGAUCACAUGACAGGCUGGGAAGCUCCUGUCUCAGAGCCCAGAGUUUUCCUUCACCGUUAUUAGUGCUAGAGCUGAAGAUGGCGGAGAACAGGGAGCCUCCACCACUGGCGGCAGAAACACAACACACUGACUUUACAGAGGUGGAGGAUGGAGAAGAUCUGUUUACCAGCGCCGUCACUACAAUAGAGCAGCUGAGCCCAACAUCUCCAGAGCCAGCCAGCUUGCCUGCAGAAGAUAUCAGCACAAACUCCAAUGGACCCAAACAAGAAAUAUUACUAGAUGAUGACCAGGAGGACCUUUUUGCUGAAGCCACAGAGGAGGUGUCACUGGACAGUCCAGAUAGGGAGCCUCUUUUGUCGGAUGGUCCAUCUCCAGCUAUCACUCCAGUCAGUCCCACAGUCAUCAUCAGUCCAAGAGUCGACUCCUCCAUGUUUGAAUCUCUGGAUGAGGACGAGGAACCCGAAGAGAAACGGGACUCCUUCGAUAUGAAGAUAACAGUAUCUGAUCCAGAGAAAGUUGGUGAUGGAAUGAAUGCAUACAUGGCUUACAAGGUGACAACCAAGACAUCACUAAACCUUUUCAACAAAAAUGAGUUCUCUGUAAAAAGGAGAUUUAGCGAUUUCCUGGGUCUGCAUAGCAAACUGGCCUCCAAGUACAUGCAUGUUGGAUACAUAGUUCCACCUGCGCCAGAGAAAAGCAUUGUGGGAAUGACAAAAGUCAAGGUUGCAAAAGAGGAUCUGUCAAAUACAGACUUUGUUGAGAAAAGAAGAGCCGCUUUGGAAAGAUAUCUAAUGAGAACUGUGUAUCAUCCUGCCCUGCUGAAAGAUCCAGAUGUCAUUCAGUUUUUGGAGAGCACAGAGCUGCCGCGAGCAGUUAGCACCCAGGCACUGAGUGGGGCCGGAAUAUUGAGGAUGGUAAACAAAGCGGCCGACGCUGUCAACAAAAUGACAAUCAAGAUGAAUGAAUCGGAUGCGUGGUUUGAGGAGAAACAGCAGCAGUUUGAGAACCUUGACAUCCAGCUUAGAAAACUGCAUGCCAGUGUGGAGUCACUUGUGUGCCACAGAAAAGAAUUAUCAAUAAAUACGGCAUCGUUUGCGAAGAGCGCUGCCAUGCUGGGAAACUCUGAGGAUCACACCGCUCUGUCACGGGCCCUCUCCCAACUUGCUGAGGUGGAGGAGAAGAUCGAUCAGCUGCAUCAGGAACAGGCCUACGCUGAUUUCUACCUUUUCGCAGAACUCUUGGGAGACUAUGUACGCCUCAUCACAGCUGUUAAGGGUGUGUUUGACCAUCGUAUGAAGACGUGGUCCAAAUGGCAGGACGCCCAGGUCAUGCUGCAGAGGAAGAGAGAGGCUGAGGCUAAGCUUCAAUACGCCAACAAACCUGACAAGCUUCAGCAGGCCAGGGAUGAGAUAAAAGAGUGGGAAGCAAAAGUCCAGCAAGGCGAGAGAGAUUUUGAGCAGAUAUCUAAAAACAUUCGGCGGGAGGUGGGGAGAUUCGAGAAACAAAGAGUGAAGGACUUCAAAGUUGUCAUUGUUAAAUAUCUAGAGUCACUAGUACAUACACAACAGCAGCUGAUAAAGUAUUGGGAAGCCUUCCUGCCUGAAGCCAAAGCUAUAGCCUAAACUAACAAACUCUUGUGCAAAAGAUUUUUUAUGUACAACAUAAUCACCCAAUUGUUGAUGCAUGGACUUCAAGAGUUCUUCAUUACCACUCUAAUAAAAACACAAUAUCUUUUAA